AGAGCGGCAACAUGGCGUCCAGGGCCAAGAGACGCGCGGUGGGCAGUGGGGUCUCGCGACCCCCAGGCGCCCCGGCCCAAUGCGACGAGGAAGAAGAGAAAGAGGAAGUCGAGGACGAGGACAAAGACGAUGAAGACAAUGACGAAGAAGACGAUGAAGAAGACGAGGUUGUUGAUGAGGAAGUGAAUAUUGAAUUUGAAGCUUACUCCAUUUCAGAAGGCGAUUAUGAUGGAAUUAAGAAAUUACUGCACCAGCUUUUCUUAAAGGCAUCUGUGAAUAUCGCAGAACUAACAGAUCUCUUAAUACAGCAGAGCCACAUUGGGAGUGUGAUUAAGCAAACGGAUGUUUCAGAAGACAGCGAUGAUGAUGUGGAUGUUGAUGAAGAUGAGAUUUUUGGUUUCAUAAGCCUUUUAAAUUUAACUGAACGAAAGGGUACCCAGUGUGCUGAACAAAUUAAAGAGUUGAUUCUAAGCUUCUGUGAGAAGAACUGUGAAAAGAGCCUGGUCGAACAGCUGGACAAGCUUUUAAAUGACCCCACCAAGCCCGUGGGCUUGCUGCUGAGUGAAAGAUUCAUUAAUGUCCCUCCGCAGAUCGCCCUGCCCAUGCACCAGCAGCUUCAGAAAGAACUGGCUGAGGCACACAAAACGAACAAGCCAUGUGGGAAGUGUUACUUCUACCUUCUGAUUAGUAAGACAUUUGUGGAAACAGGAAAAAACGAUUCCAAAAAGAAAUGGAGCAACCAAAAGAAAGAUGAGCUAAUGUUUGCAAAUGCAGAGGAGGAAUUUUUCUAUGAGAAGGCAAUCUUGAAGUUCCACUAUUCGGUGCAGGAGGAGAGUGACACGUGCCUGGGAGGCAGGUGGUCUUUCGAUGAUGUACCCAUGAAGCCCUUGCGAACUGUUAUGGUGAUCCCAGCCAACAAGAUGAAUGAAAUCAUGGACAAACUUAAAGACCACCUAUUUGUCUGACCCAUUCCCUACGGAAAUUGCCAGAAAACUCUGGAGAUUUACCGAAAAAGCUCCUUUACAAAAAAGUAAGGUUCUGUCACUCGUGACACAUUUACAAAAUAUCUUUAUUGUUUUCAUUUUGGUCAAAUUAAUUAUAUAGUUGAUCAAAAACUUUUUCGAUGAGGAGAAAAACAUGGACUAGUUAAAGAACUCAAUAAAAACUUCUAUUUUCUUUUUUUUAGUAA